AUGGAUGCAUAUGGAGGAGCAGCUGUAACCGGCAUUUUUACAUUAAAUGCGGCAACGGGCGAGAUGAAGACAGCGUCGACACUUGACAGAGAGAGCGUCACAUCCUACACUGUGGUUGUCAGGGCAACAGAUGGUGGGACACCAGCAAGAUCAGUUGACGACACGCUCACCAUCACUAUCACGGACGUCAACGACAACGUCCCUGUCUUCACCGCAGCCAGCGUCCUCACAGGAUCAAUACCUGAAAGUUCCCUAGCAGGGACUUCUAUCUUAACGCUUGUUGCCGCAGACGCCGACGCAACGUCAACGUUAACAUUUUCAGUCACCAGCGGCGACGUUGUACCUCCAAAGUUUGAGUUCAGCGGAACGACGCCAGGACAGUUACAGCUUGCCAGUCUUAUCGACCUGGACCAACCGACAAACGACGCCGGUUACUACACUCUGACCGUCAUCGUGACAGAUGGAGGGGUGCCCGAGUUGACGGGGACGACGUACGUCACUGUUACCGUCACUGCCGUCAACCAGCACACGCCCGUUAUGAACACGCCGUCUCCUGCUUCCACCGUCACGCAACCCGAAAGUGUUGGUGUUGGAACGUCUAUUGCAACAGUAACGGCGACGGACAACGACGUCGGCAGUGAUGGAACGCUGACAUACGCCAUAUCAAAUGGCAAUACCGGUUCAGCCUUUUUCAUUGAUCCUACACUGGGCGAGAUUCGAACCCAGGCUACCUUGGACUUUGAUGCGGGGACACAACAGUACCUUCUAGAGGUUACAGCAACAGACGGUGGUGCGACGCCACUGGUCGGGACGACGACCGUCACUGUUGACAUCACCAACGUCAACGACAAUACUCCAGCGUGUCCCUCUAACUUCAUCACACAGUCGAUGGCAGAGGCCGGUGCAGCGAACACUGCGGUGACGACCAUAGCGUGUACCGACGCGGACACCCCCGACACCCUCACCUACUCCAUCACUGGCGGUAACACACCUGUCUUCUUCGCCAUUGACGCUACAACAGGGGCAAUAACCACAACAGCACCUUUCAACUACGAGAUCACGACUGAGUUUACACUGACUGUAAACGUGGCCGACAACGGCGUCCCUUCCAGGUCUGUCGAUGUUACAGUCAAAGUGUUGGUCACUCCAGUGAAUGAGUUCGACCCUGUAUUUUCCCCGGCUUCCUAUACAUCUACUGUUAUUGAAAACUCAGCCAUAGGUGCCAACGUCGUGCAGGUGACGGCGACAGACGACGACGUUGGUGCUUUAGACGGCACAGUACGAUACAGCAUCACCAACGGGGAUGCACAAGGCAGGUUCACUAUAGACGAGAAUACUGGUCAGAUAACCGUCGCCAAACAGCUGAACAGGGAACUGGUGGACACUUAUACCCUUACUGUCACCGCUGCUGAUGAUGUUGCUGGGUCUGCGACGUCAAGGGCGGUGACGACGUCCGUGACUGUGACAGUUGGAGAUGCCAAUGACAACAACCCUAUAUUCAACCCUAGUUUCUAUACGUCAAGUCCCAUUGAAACGUCGGCUGCGUUGUCGACCAUCUUGACGGUAACGGCCACGGACGACGACCUCGCCGGUGACCCCAAUUCUGCGCUGACCUUCUCGGUGAUCGCUGGAGAUCCCACAGGUGUGUUUGACUUUUCUGGGGCAGAUUUGAUAAUAGCAACAGGGAUGAACCUCGACUACGCCACCACUCCAGCCUUCGACCUCACCAUUCAAGUAUCAGACGCUGGCGCCGGGCCCCUGACGGACACUGCUCGAGUGGUCAUUAAUGUCCAGCCAGCCAAUCAGAACUCUCCGGUGUUUACCAAUCCAAACCAAAUUAUCACAGUUAACGAGUCUAUUGCUAUAGGAACUACAAUUCUAACAGCAACAGCGAGCGACACCGAUUCUGGCGUAUUCGGAACUGUGAAUUACACCAUCAUCAGCGGUAACGUCCCCGUUGGCAGCUUCGUGAUUGACAGCACGACGGGUGACAUCUUGGUAUGGUCGCAGCUAGAUUACGACAUCCCCCCAACCUUCUUCAAUCUAACCCUGGAAGCAACAGACGGAGGUGGGAUGACAAACACCACGUGGCUCUACAUCAACCUCAUCGACGUCAACGACAACUACCCACAGUUUGCCCAAAACGUUUAUAACAUCGCCGUAGAUGAGAAUCUUGCAACUACAACGUCAGUUGCUCAGGUCGUUGCUACAGAUGCUGAUACGGGCACAAACGGUCAAGUGGACUAUUCCAUCACGUCCGGUGACGGGCAAACGACAUUUGCUAUUGACCCGGCAACUGGCGACAUCACCACGACAGCGGCUUUAGACUAUGAAACCAAAACAACCUAUAACCUGGUCAUUCAGGCCAUUGACAGAGGAACCCCGACGGCUAACAGUGCCACGACUCUGGUGGUCAUAACGCUCAACGAUCUGAACGAUAACACGCCUAUCUUCACACCGUCCAAUUUCACCGUUGACCUUGAUGAAAACGUUGCCAUAGGAACGUCAGUGGCUACCAUGGCAGCAUCAGACGCUGACUCUAUCGCCAAUAGUAACGGUAUUUUUACUUACAGUCUCAACAGCACCUUUUUCGCAAUAAACUCAACAACAGGGGAAAUAACCACGCUGGUUGCCAUUGACAGAGAAGCUGUCGCUAACCACGUUCUGACAGUGACCGCUACAGACCAGAACGGUGUAGGACCCAACACCGGCAAUGGUACACUGAACAUCAACGUUGUGGACCUGAACGACAACGCGCCUGCGAUCACUGGCACCUAUACUACGACUCUACCUGAGAACACUGCAGUUGGAACUAUUAUCUACACCAUAACAGCAACAGAUGCCGACGUCGGUCGUAACGGAGAGAUCUCUUUCGCUAUCACCGCCGGUGACCCUACCAACGACUUCACUAUCGAGUCAAAGUCUGGAAUCUUGCAGCUCAGUAAAGCCUUGAACAGGGAGGUAACUCCAAGCUACACAUUGACUGUCACAGUUACAGACAACGGAAUCAGCCCUCUGAACAACGCCGUCACAGUAUCUUUAACAAUAUCCGACGUCAACGACAACGAUCCCGUGUUCCAGAAUCUUCCUUACGCUUUCAGCAUUGCAGAAAACGUCCCGGCCGGCUCUACCGUAAACUAUGUGACCGCCAUUGAUAUUGAUACCGGCACGAAUGGAGCUGUGGGAUAUGAAUUCGUCAUCUUCUGGCAAGGAAACAACACUCAUUUCAGCGUAAAUGGCGCAUCAGGGGAGAUAACUACGAACGGCGGCCUUGACCGAGAAACACGGGACACAUACAUCAUAUGGUUAAGGGCAUCUGAUAAUGGCGUUCCUAUCAGAUCAUCAAGUACGAAUGUCACGAUAACUAUCACGGACCUGAAUGACAAUGAUCCCGUCUUUGAUGCUGCGUCGUACACAGGUUCAGUGAGCGAGAAUGCUACCGUCGGUACAAGCAUACUUAAAAUGGCUACUACUGACAGCGACAUCGGUGUCAACGCCGCUGUGACGUUGUCAAUAGAUACGACGACUACAGCAGGUGCGAGAGCUGCACUUUUCUUUGACAUCACCACAGCUACAGGAGAUCUUUCUAUCAAAGCAGUUGUUGACAGAGAAACUGAUCCCAGUUUUAUCUUCAGCGUCCUCGCCGUCGAUGGAGGUGCUACGCCACGAACGUCCACGACCACGGUAACAAUAACUGUGACUGACAUCAACGACAACAACCCUGUAAUGUCGCAAAGCUUCUACAACACAGAGAUUGCUUACAGUGGAAUCUGUGACAGCUCCAUCACCACCGUUAGCGCCACCGAUGCAGACAGCGGAGUGAAUGGACAAGUUAUUUAUUACCUGAUACAAAGCACAUACAAUUAUCUCUUCCAAAUUGACUCAAACUCAGGUGCCUUUUCACUACAAUCCCAAGCCGCGAACAACUUCCGGUACGUCAUAGAAGCCUCUGCACGAGACGCGGGAACACCUGUACUUACUGCCGCAACACCUGCCACCAUACGCAUCGACACCUUCGACCCCAACGCCGUCGUCGUCACCUUCAGACUAAGUAUCAACCAGGCCACAUUCCUGGCUCAACAAGCUACCUUCAUUGCGGAACUACAAGCCCUCAUCAGGGUUACAUACCCCUCCGCCAUUUUCAGAGUUUGGUGUGUCGAGGUCAGAAGCGGAACUUCCGGUAUCCCGUCAACUGGCAGGAGAAAACUGCUUCAAACAACAAGCAGCCCCAUCAACGUCCACACCUUCACAGUAGCAGACAGCUCCACUGAAUCCAUAGGCAACAUCAACCAAGACAAGACGUUGUUGACGUCGUCAGAGACGCUACAGUUCUUCUCUACAGACCCCCAGGGCUCCCCCUCGGCUGCUGUCACAGGAGGGAAUCUGAACGCAUUCGGCAUCUCCUCCGUGAUUCCUUACUACCAGGUCAACACUCCCUGGGCCCAGACACCAGAAGGCAUCGCAGUCCUCACAUUCAUCUCCUUCGUCAUCCUUGCUCUCAUCGUCACCAGCAUCAUCGUAACCAUCGUGGCGUGUCGGAAGAAACAGAGGCCAAUAACGCCCGUCCGUGCAGCGAAGCGAGCCAAACGUCAGCCCACUGAAAAGUUCACUUAUAGAGGUAAAGUCCAGUGA